AUGGGAAUUCCUAUAAAUCUGGAGAGUUUGGAAGUAACCCGUGUGUACCAAGCGUACGAUUUUGAUGGUAGGUCCGGGCUGGGACGCCGCAGAAGCAGUUACACUGCAGGGAACAGUCUUGUGAGUUCGAGAGGAACGAUGAAUGGUGUGUUGACGGUACGGAAAAUCGAGACGCAUCAAUUGCGUGUGGGGAUUGAGAUGAACUCUGCUUCGGUGGAAGGAUUUUUGGUACUCUGGGAUAAGCAAGGUUCUCAGAUAGUCGUGAUUUCUCCGUUUGGAGACGUUUCAGUGUAUAAUGUUGACGGGGGCAUAUCACCGCGUAACGAGCUAGUUAGAGUGGCACGGAUUUCAUGGAACGAGUUUUUGUUCAUGGGCCAUUCAGAUGCAGUUUAUUUUGGGAACGCUCACGACGGUGGUGUUCGUCAUGAUUACUGGGAUGUGGGUGCCAUUAGUACGAUGUGGCAUAUACCUAAGGAUGACACCUUCUGUUGCGUGCUACCAGACGGUAUUGCACAUGUCACUGAGAAUCCAAGAAGAACGUUACGGAGACGGACUUCUUUGGAUGACGAGAAUUUGGAAUCAAGACAAAUGACGCAUUACAUACAAGAUUACUCGAUCAUCGAGCCAUGCCCUGCUAAGGAUGCUCUAGCGAUAGCUAAGAGGACCGGAGAGAUUGCCAUUCUAGUGGACGGUUCGUUACGGUUCGUCACCGGGAUGGGUCUCACCGACGAAGAGGGGAACAAUAACGGUAAUAGCAACAGAGAACAAUGGAAUCCCAACGAUAGGGUAAUGAAGAUGUCAUGGUCCCACGACGGUAGGUUCCUUUGUAUCGUCACCACGCAACGGAUUUUCGUGUAUGACGAAGAAGAAGAUGCUCUCACCGUCGUGGCAGGAGAGAAUCCAAACCAACUCAUAUCUUGGGGUAGCAGCUGCCGUACGUUGUUCCUGCUAUCUACACACUUGUACGGUACCAUGCUCAAGGCGUUCGAGCACAACAAUGAAGAGCAACAAUGGAUCUGCUGUGGAUUCGAGGAUAUUAGAUCGCAGUUUCACAUCAACAAGGUCCAUGCCUUCAACGUCUCUUCCACAAGAGACACGCUAACGAUCUACCAUGACCAAAACAUCAUCGAUACAUUCGAAUACAAGAUCACUUGA